GUCUUCUUUCUCAAAUUAAAUACAUCCAAAUUCCUCUCUAAUAAGCCCAUUUUCAAUGGCUAAAGUUUACUCUAACAAGUCAAAUCUAAGUACUAUUUCUUCUUCUUCUAAUUCUUCAAUUUCUUCAAACUCCUAUAUGAGCCCAAGAAGAGAAAUAUUUACUUUGUGGAUGAAAUCUCUAGUCUACCAUGGAAAUGGCUGCACUGUUUAUGAUUCAAAAGGCCAAAUUGUUUACCGAAUUGACAACUACAACAUAAAACGUAGCAAGGAAGUCCAUCUCAUGGAUUCCAAUGGCAGGGUUCUCUUUUCUAUUCGAAAUAGGAAAGUUCCAGUUUUUGGACAUUGGGAUGGCUAUAAAUGGAGUUAUGAAGGAGUGACUAGUAAGGAGAUACCAUGGUUUCAAGUGAAGAAAAUUCACAAUGUCCUUAGGGGAGAUAAUAUGAAUUACUAUAAUGUUAUAUUGGGAUGUAAUCAAGCUGAAGCAAACUGCUAUAACAUUAUCCUUGGAAUAAAAUCAAUUAAGAUUGUGACCCAAGCAGGCAGACUUGUUGCAGAGGUAAAACAAAAACAAGCUUCAGGAGUACUAUUUGGAAGUGAUGUAUUAACAUUGGUGGUGGAACCUCAUGUUGAUCACUCAUUGGUUAUGGCUCUUGUUACUGUUUGUGGUCUCAUACAUCACAAAAUUUGAUUAUAGACUUUGUACACUUGUCACUAUGUCAGCGUUCUAGAAAAAUUCCCUCUUUAGCCUAAAUAAAAAGUAUAUUCCUAAUUCGUCACAUCGCGCAUAAUGAGAAUCGAACUUCCUCUACUGCUCAGGGAAAAAUGUAUAAUGCACUACUUCGAUUCUGCAAUUAGUUAGGUCUUUUUCUCUUUAAUUGUAAUCUCCCUGUUUUGUUUCUUUUUCUUUUGCCGUUGUGUUGGCUACUCCUUGUUUGUUCUUGCAAACAGGAAAAGAUACAUCUGAAAAGAGAACUUAAGUAAUGAGUUGUUUAGAUGUAAUCAUGUAAUGGAUGUUGAAAUGUACAAAAUAUCCAGUGAUAGGAUUAAAUUAAAAAUAAUUGUAGUUCAUGCUCA